AUCAGAGGAACACCUAUACCUAUAUAUGGGUUUAUUAGUUACCUACCUAUAUCUUAUCUAUAACCGGUGACCAGAAAUUCAUAGAUGUUCCAUCAUUCGAUCAUUCGCGAUAGACAUCUACCUAUUCAUUUCAUAGCGUUGUGAAACUCCACUGAAAAAUUCGAGAAAUGGACGGAGACCACGAAAAUAUUCCUUUGCAAGAUCUGGCUAGACGAAAUCAAAAAUAUCGGUCUAUUUUUGAACAGUGUGACACGAACCGAGACGGUUUCAUUUGUUUUCGAGAACUCUAUGAUUUCCUCAAUUUCAAUCAAAGCAGUCGCAGAUUUUUGAAAAAAAAGGCUGUAAGACGAAUAGCAAAAGCGGCAGACUCUGACGGAGACAGACUAUUGGAUUUCGAUGAGUUUAUCGAGAUUUUGGAGAGGCAAGAUUUGCAAGAUUUAUUGGGAGGAUAUGUUUCUCGAUAUGUGCGAGCAUUGGUCCCUCACCCAAAGACACCUGCUGACCACGUGGACCGAGUCCACCAACUACAACUGAGAAGUUUCGGAUCAGAAGAAGAUGAUGAAGAGGAAAAGGACCUUUGUACUCAAUACACCUGUUGUCCUCCGCCCAUUUUCAUGUUCCUCAUUUCCAUGCUACAAUUCGCCCUGUUCAUAGCAGACGAGAUGACCAAAGACGAGUCUUAUUCUAUAUCGAGUGGCGUGACAGCCAAAGUGUUGCAGUAUGAUCCCCGAUAUAGAUCAGAAUUUUGGAGAUAUGUCACUUAUAUGUUCGUCCAUAUGGGAUACCUCCACAUCAUCGCGAACUUGAUAUUUCAACUGGGAUUCGGCAUAGCUCUGGAAAUGGUGAAUGAAUCGUGGAGGGUGUUGCUAAUUUAUUUCCUCGGAGGCAUUGCCGGUUGCUUGGCGCACGGUAUAAUCGACUCGAAUGCCAUACUGGGCGGAGCGAGCGGUGGGGUAUUUGCCCUUAUGACCGCCCAUUUGGCACAAGUUUUCUUGAACCUGGGUCAUUUGCCCAUUUCGAUAACCUGCAUCCAAUUGCUGAUAAUAUCGCUAUUGGUUUUUCCCGAACUAGCCCAAUCAGCUUACCAUAGGUAUUACCUCCAACAAAUCACUGAGGCGGGGGUAACUUGUCACUUAGGAGGUGCUUUUGCCGGUUUCCUCGUUGGCAUUUACAUAAUAAGAAACGUGAACAUCUCUCAGACUGAGAAGUACAUCUGGUGGGUAGCAUUGGUGAUAUUCAUCCUUCUUAUGGCAACUGGAAUAGCUCUCAACGUAUUGCAUGUGACUGUUUGAACAUAGACAGAUUCCUACUCAGUCUCAAUGACUACUUGUCUCUACUGAUCUCUAUAACAACCAGUAUAAAGAACUGCCAAUGCAAUAUCACUA